AUGUCUUUACUAAACUUACAUUUACUCGAGAAAACAAUUUUCACUCGCGGUCAGCAGAAGCCUGUAUUAAGAGGAGCUGUCGAAGUUACACUUGCAUCUACUAUCGAAUCCCUCACACUAUGCUUCCAAGGAAAACUACAUACAUCUAACACAUCAGAAAACGACACUCUCGAACAUUCUCUCGCCUACCAUUCCCUUAUCCUUUUCACCAAAUCACCAACAUAUUGCCUCAAGACAGGCAGAACACGUUUUGGAUUUGAAAUGAAUCUCCCAGCUGGUCUUCCAGAUUCAAUCCAAUGUCGCAACCUCAAAAUCUCUUACACUGCCACAGCAACUCUCACAACAACCACAGGCCACACCACUCGUACUAGCAAACCAAUCGAGGUUAUCCGAUUACCAGUGGGCGACAGAUUGUGGAUUGGCGACAAUAUUACUGGCAUUGAUUCUGGAAAGCAUGUUACUCCUUAUUGCGAAUAUCACAUUACAAUGGAUACCCAACUACUAUCCCGUAAUAGCACACUUCCACUCUUUCUCCAUUUUGCACCUCUGAUUCAGGGUCUUCAAUUGAAACAAGUAUCAGUAAAGCUUCGUCAGCGACGUAGUGUGUGUCACAACCAUGAUUGGAAUACCAGCCAGUCCAGCCACACUCUCCCUUUAGUUUCAUCAUUUCCAACUAGCCACCAAUCAGGGGUGUGGCACGGUAUGCUCAACUUUCAGAUACCAGAUAUCGCUACCCUUGUACCGACAUCUAACUACGAAGGAUACUACGAAAACACCCACAUCUUAUUCGUUUCAUUGGUCGUCAGCUUCCCAGCUUUGACCCACGACAACGGUAUCCGGCGAGUUCUGGAUACAAUUACCUAUCAGACUGUAGUUCCUAUUCAUAGCCCUCGUGCAGCUGAAUAUGAACAGACAGAACACAAACUACCAUUAUAUGCCAACCAUCCUCGGUCGCCCAAAGAAAUUGAGGUCUUAACACAACAUGGCCUUCCAAUUGAAUCUUGUCCACCACCUUAUGAGGAAAAGGCCUAA